AUGGUGCUCGAAGACAUCGAAAACACAGCCCCGGAAGGCUUCUCAGACAACCCAUAUCCCUCGUCGGACGACCCAUAUGCAUCCGCGUCGCCGCCAUCCUCAGGCGCUCGCUUCGACGCGAGCACCCUACCCCAGCCAUUACCUAUCAUAGGCACCUUCAUGGGCUUCUCCGAUCGCGCUGUCCGCUUCAAGACCGAGACUACCCUCAAGUUCGCCGAGCGCAAGGUUGGCCGUCAACUAAACUCGGAGGAAGCACAGGCGCUCGCAUACCACAUAUACCAGCUUGAGCAGACAAAAAGCUAUUUCGCUGCCACGGGUGCAGCUGCAGGAACAUACCAAUGGUACAGGACCUGGGACAAGAUGAAAUACCCCUUCUAUCAACCCAAGGUCGAGGACAUUGAUCGAAACAAAUUUGGUCCCAUCAAGGGCAAUAUGGCGCAGUUCGCACGACAUACAUGGCGAUUCUCUUUAUAUGUGUUGGUGGCAGGACAGAUGGGCAACAUCAUCGGCCAACUUCUCGCUCAGCCACUUGCUGCAGUUAACACAUCAAACGAUCCUAAACUGGAACAGUUUGGACAGGAGUUGAAGGCUUCGUCACACGCCGAAGGACAAAGGACCGCACAACAAGGACGCGAGAUUCAGGACAGGCGACGAGAGUUCCAGGAGCAGGUGAGGAAUCGCGCGGGAGGUGGUCCUUCGCCACAGGCUAGGUGGGGUAAGCAACCCCAAGAGAACGGCGAUGGAGGGGACGACAUGAGCCCGACCGCUGGAAACGAAACAUGGGGGACUCAAUCUGCAGGAACAGACACGUGGGAGAGUUUCUCGAACGAUACAUCGCAAUCGACUUCACAACGCCAGCAGGGUCCGCCAUCUACUGAAGCUUGGAAUCGCCAACCAUCUCCACGACGUCAGUCUGCACAGUCAUCAUCACUUCCUUUCGACGACGACGCUUCUCCUACCGGCGGCCUCUUCCAGGAUGAAGUCAACAACCCGCAAUCGCAGCCCCAGCCGCAAGCAAGGCCUGGCGAAUCAAGCUGGGACCGACUUAGACGCGGUGGUGCGCCAGCGCCCCUUCAAAAGCCACAGCAGCAGUCACGGAGAGCAGAGCCUGAGCGCAGGGAGCAAAGAGAAGGCUCCACGCUCGGGGAUUCAUACACAUUUGUUGAGGGUGAUGAUGAAAGAGCUAUGGAGAGGCAGCGCGCACAGCAAGAGUUUGAUGCUAGGUUAGAGCGAGAGCGCCAGGGACGCGACUUCAAUGACGAAAACAAGAAGUGGUAA